AUGGGGAGGCGGAAGGAGCGCCGCCUGGCGGCCAAGGCGGCCUCGGGCCGCAGGGUCAAGCUCGACCUCUUCCUCGAUCCUUCCCCCGGGGAGGCAUCUAUGAAAGAGGGAGUUGGAGAGGAAAACCGUGGGCAGCAAACUGGUGUUCCCACUUCACCAUCUUCGUCAGAUAAGAAGGAAAAUCCUCUAGCAUUGCUUGGGCAAUAUAGUGAUGAUGAAGAAGAGGAUGAAGUAGCAACAGAUCAACCCAAUGGUGAAACUAAGGGGAGUCCAACAGAUGCAAGUGCCGAGGUUAUUCAUGAUCAUGGUGAUGUAACUGGGGAUAACGGCGAUGCAGAUAGUGAACUGCCUGCUUCUGUUAGUGUUCAGCAGGAGGUAUCUCAAGCUGAUGAUGUCAAAAAUAUCACAGAAAAUGUUGCUGAGGAAUUUACUAUUGCCCCUGAGCCAACUCUGGAAAAUGAAUGUGUGACAGCUACGGAAGCUGUCCCAGAUUCAUCUGGCAUGCAAAUUGUUGGUGACAUUGGUGGGAAUUGGAAGGCUAUAAUGCAUGAACAGAGUAACCAGUGCUACUACUGGAACACAGUUACAGGAGAAACUUCUUGGGAGAUUCCUAAUGGAUUAGCUUCAGUAGUUGCUGCUGAUGGAGUCACUUCUGCAUCUGUGCCUACUCAUAUGGGGUACUCUGUAGAAGCUCAAGCACAUGUCCUUCCCCACAGUAAUGUCGAAGCAUAUCCUAGUGAUGUGUCUGUUGGAAAUGGCACAGCAACCUAUACUGCUAUGGGAACUUAUACUCAUGAUCCUUAUGCUUACACUGGAGCCGUUGCUAGUCAUGGGAGAGUGGACAUUGACCCCUUGCAGCUUGCAAAAUAUGGUGAGGAUUUACUGCAAAGACUGAAGCUGCUGGAAAGGCCACAUGUUGCCAUUGACAGUCUUGAGUUGAUAAAAAGAGAAAUUGAGAUACGAAUAGCAGACUGUAAUACCCUCUCCUCGUAUGGAUCUUCUUUACUUCCGUUGUGGUUGCAUGCUGAGGUGCACCUUAAGCAACUAGAACUUUCAGUUUCCAAGUUUGAAGCUAGCUACACUACCAAACAUGGAUAUCUGGAGACAGUGGAUGCAGGACACAAAGCACCUAAUGAAGCUGAAGUUAUGGCACCCUCUGAGGGUGAGCAUUUGAAGGUUGAUGUUAGCACUCUGGGAAUAGGUACUGGCGACGAAAAUAUUAAGGUUGAGGAACCAUGUACAACAUUAUCUGUUCAGAACUCACAAGGUGUGGCAGCAGCUAUUUUAAGAGUUGAAUCAGACAGUGAUGAAGAUAUGGACGUGGAAAUGGAGGUCGAUGAAGAAGGUGUUGAAGAGCAGGGCGGUUCCACUUCUAUGCCAAAUAAGGAGCAUCCUUCAUCAGAGCAAGUACGAUCACCAGCUUUGUCAUCAUUGGAGGAUUCUGCUCCCCCACAGGAUAAUGACAUUCCUCCUCCUCCACCACCACCAGAAGAGGAAUGGAUUCCACCUCCACCACCUGAGAAUGAACCAGCUCCUCCACCUCCUCCUGAACCUGAAGAGCACGCUGUAUCAUUUGUUCAUGCUGAUACACUUCCUCAGCCAUACGGAGAUCAAGCAAACUUGGGUUAUAUGCUUCCAGGAAUGGAGUACUAUCCUGCUGCUGGUACAGAUGGCACAAAUGCCAACUACUAUAUGCAAGCAAGCGAUUCUCAUAUUCUUCAAUCACAGCAGCAUUCUUACUAUGCACCAUUGUCUGCAAGUGGCGUAUCUAUUCCUGUUGAGACCACAUCCAUCCCCCCAGUACCAGGUUCUUAUUAUAGCUAUCCUUCCGUCACGAUGGCUGCCACUGAAGUAGCGGCUGAAUCUUCUGGAUACUAUGCUUCAUCAACCUCUGCCAUUUCUAGUGGUGAAUUAGAUAACAAAACAAGCUCGGCCUCCCUUGUUGCAAAUAGUAAUGUGAAUCCUGUGGAGUCUGAUAAAGUGAUAUCCAAGGAGCCCACAGUUGCGUCUUUGAGCCAAUCAGUAGAAGCAGUCUCAGCUUCAGGACCAACAGUACAUGGAAGUUCUACUCAAGCUUCUACUAGCACCACUAAUCAGACUAAAGUUCCUCGUACUAAGAAGCGACCUGUUGCUGUUGCAUCAUCACUGAGAUCUAAUAAGAAGGUGUCAAGUCUGGUGGAUAAGUGGAAAGCUGCAAAAGAGGAGCUUCGUGAUGAAGAGGAAGAGGAGCCUGAAGAUGCUUUGGAGUACCUAGAAAGGAAACGCCGGAAGGAAAUAGAUGGGUGGCGUAAGCAACAAAUAGCUAGUGGAGAAGCCAAGGAAAAUGCCAAUUUUGUUCCCCUUGGUGGUGACUGGCGUGACCGUGUAAAACGCAAAAGAGCUGAAGCAAAGAAGGAAGCGAAGACUGAAUCUAUUCGUGCAGCUGCCGAACAACACAAAGGGGAGCCUGAUCUCUCAGAGCUCUCCAAGGGUCUUCCUUCUGGGUGGCAGGCAUACAUAGACGAGUCUACGAAGCAAGUGUACUAUGGGAACAACCUCACUUCCGAGACGACUUGGGAUCGGCCUAGCAAAUAA